AUGUCAGCUCCACUCGCCGCCUCACCCUCUUCCCUCGGCUCCACACCCCUCACCUCCUUCUCAUCCUCCUCACGCGACACUCAGUCUUCCCAGUCCUCUCAGUCAACGCCUCGGGUAUCAAGAUAUGCCCCGCGCCGGAGCAUGGCGGUCAUCAUCACCGAGAGCGACAGCGAGGAGGACAUCGAUCCGAAAGUCGCGCCCAGACACGAACAGCAAGACUCGUCCAUACGGAGCGAUAUACGGCGAUACAUGACUCAGCCCAUCUCUCAGACGAAUAACCUACCUCGGAGGCUGCCAAGCCAGGUACAUGCUCCCUCUGGUAGAUCGGCCGCAACCACUCGCACGGUCGCUCAUCAAGCUCGCAUCACCUCAAGAACCCCUCAGCUCCCCACACCCAUACCAGCUCGUUCCGCCCCGCCUGUCCUUGGCGCAGGAUCGAGGCAGCGCAAUACCUCUCGCCAGACUCCCUUACCGACCGCAUCGAGAAUCUCCUUCCCUCGCCUCGGCCGCUUCAAUUCCCUCCCGCACGAGAAGCUCUCCAUCCCGCCGGUCAUGGAGGAAACCAGCGAGAGCCUCCCAACCAAGCUGUCGGGAAGGAAGCGAGAGCGAGAAGAUGAGGGAGUGGACGGGGUGGAUCAUGAUAAGGGAGACGGGGAAGCGACGGACGGGUCAGGGGAGGAGAAGGGGGAAGAGGGGUUUGAGGCGGACGACGAGGAGGGAGAGCGUUCUCCGGAUGCAGCAGUGGAGGACACAGGUGGUGCGCUAGAGACUUGCUUCUCGCUCUCGAGCCCGACCGCUUCUCAGGCCGAUACCGCACUGCCCAGAUCACCUUCGCCGAAUGUCACCUUCAGCGUCGCGCUUUCCAGCUCGAUUGACGGGAUGUAUGGGACAGAUGCACUCUCUGACGAUCGGAUGGACAUCGACCCGACAAGCGGUCUUCACCCGCCAGUACCGAACGACGAGUAUGACUUUGGGCUAUCGUCCCUCGCCCGACCGGCGGCGGUCUCGCUCGACGCGGCUGAUACCAAAUCAGACGACGAAGAAGGGGACUUCCUCGCAAAGCUUCUCAUGCGUGCUCAGCGAAUGCGGGAAGGCAAGGACCCGGACGUACUCUCCGAUACUCGCGCGCCGAUCGAGGCGGGGGAAGGCGGAGAGGAGGAGAAUGUGUUGACAGACCUAGACGACGAGCUCCUUCAGAGCGACUUUGGGGAUGACUUUGACGCUGCACUUCAGCUAGACGAAGGAGGAGAAGUCAACUCGAGAAGGCAUCAAGCUCUCGCAUUCCUCGAGUCACUCCCUCUUCGCCUGCUCUCGCAGCUCAACACAUCGCUCAUGAUUCUCAACGAGCAAGAACGGUCCCGGCUCAGCCCGAAACGAGCAGUCAAGAAGGGAGGAUGGAGGAAGAAUGAUAGUCAGGCGGAAGAGGGGGAAGAAGGAAUGGGAGAGGGGAUGGAGCUCAUCCCGGAUGAGACGCAAGGGGAAGAUGGGGUGGAGGGCGAGGGGAAGAAGGGGAGCGGAAGGGGAGGUGGAGAUGAGUUGGCACAUGUGGGGAUUGAGCUGAGCUUGACGAAUCGUAAGACUGGAGCCGAUCAGGUCGUCUCUUUCCCGGAUGAUCCGCUCAACAUGGGCAACAAAGCCACCUCUCAGCAUCGACUCGCGGAGAUCAUGCGUGUUGCUGCGCUCAUGUAUGCAGCGAUUCUGACGGAUACGGUGACGACCAAGCGUGAUAUUUUCUACAAGGACGUCGCGCUCUUUGGCACCCAAGCUACGGUCGACAAGCUGGUCGACGAUAUCGCCGCCUCAGCCGGGCUCAAGAGGCAAGACUUUAUGGUCUGCGCAACCAGUAAAGGUCUUAUCGCUUCUUCGGCGCUCAAGGUGUUCCUCAAGACUGGCGAGGAGUUAUCAUUCUCGGCUACCAACGCAUCUCUCAUCCCUCCCAUCGAGCGUAUCGAGCACAUCUCAUCCGACACGGAGCAUAUCGACUGGGUGCUGAUCGUCGAGAAGGAUGCGGUCUUCCAGACUCUAUGUGGAUACGCACUGCUAGGCGACCCAGAAAUGGGCUCAGGGGUCCUCAUCACUGGCAAGGGCUAUCCAGACUUAGCGACCCUCCAGCUUGCCUCUUUAAUCGCUACCGCAUUUCCCUCUGCCCGCUUCUACGCACUAGUCGACGCAGACCCACACGGUCUCGAUAUCCUCUCGGUAUACACGCACGGAUCUCAAGCGACAAAGUUCUCGCAUGAUCAUGCGGACUUGGCAUUGGGAGAUAGACUGGAAUGGAUGGGUGUGAAGGCUAGUGAAUGGGCUGGGUUGGGGGUGAGGUAUGAUGAUCUCCUUCCGCUCUCAGAGAAGGAUGUGCAGAAGGCACGUUUUGAUCAGCUAUCUGAAUCGUAUCUCAGUGCUAUGGCGAUGCUCUCGAAUCGUGUCGAUAUGCCUUCUACCUGGCGACGAGAGCUAGUCCACAUGUUACACCUCAACAAGAAGGCCGAGAUUCAGGUGUUGGCGAUGCGGGGCCAGCAUGAUCACCACGACGCAGAGACGGAGGGGAUGGUGGAUGGGGAAGAUGGGGAAGAGCAAGCGGAGGGAGAGACGGGGUGGACAGGAAGCGGGAUGAAUGGGGUGGUCAGGUACGUGGUGGAGAAGCUGAAGAUGUGA